AUGGCCGAGUCACCAGGACACUCAAGUAUUGGACCAUUGGUCCCCUUGCCUAUGGAAAAUUGGAGAGACUCGGGUAAAUCGAGUGCCUCUCCCAGACAGACGAAACCGUGCAAUGCGGGAGCGGCUGCCAACCACCUCCGUUGGUCCCGACGACGACGAUGCUCCAACAAUAAUCAGCCAUCAUAUUUACGUUCCAGUAUUCUUGAUAUCUCUCCUCCAUCGUGCGAAUAUCCCGGUGGAAGCGCUCCCCAUGUUCUUCGCUCAGGUCACCGAGAUUUUCAGGGAAACGGUCUAGAUGGUUGUGGAGUAAAAGCGUCCUCACGGACAUCGUCCCGGCGUCCGGACGACGCUGAGUGGGUAGGAGACCCUCCAACCAGGGAGACAGAUGCUCUUAUAAAUGUUACGGGAACCGAUCGUUGUGGUGAUGUAUGGGGGGAGGACUAUGUUCAGCAAUGGGUCGCGGGAUCAGAUCAGAAUAGAGUAAUACUCACCGAGGUAGACCGUACUUUGACUGGUGAAUACCAGUGCGAAGUAUCUGCUGAUGCACCACUUUUCCACACAGACAUAAAAUCAGCAGAAAUGGUGGUUGUAGAACCACCUCUCAUGGGGCCAAAUGUUACCUCAGAUCGCAUGACGUAUGUCGGAGGAGACCACAUAAGGGCUAAUUGUUCAUCCCCUCCAUCGCUCCCAGCUGCCAACAUCACGUGGUACGUGAACGAGCAAAUGGUGCCCGGAUUCACUGCUAACCAUGUGAAUAACUUUAGCAACGGUUAUGCAUCUAGUCUAGCUACUUUAGAAUUGGAGGCUGCACUACUAUCUCCGGUGCCUACCCUUAUGAUAAGAUGCGAAGCUUCCAUCUUUGACGUGUGGAAAGCAACGAGUCAUACUAUAGUAUUGAGGGAGAGAAGUGCGAGCCCAGCUUCCGCUUUAGGAAGAAGUUUCACAGGAGCGGCAGCGGAAACUUGUAUACCGACAAUUUUGGUUGUACUUCUACAAAUUCUCCUACAAUUCUUGUUAGGCAGUUAUACCGAAACAUCGAUAAGAUAGCUGCCUUGUGGUGAAUAGAUGACGUGACAUUAAUUCCGUGACUCCACUCUCGGUAGUUAAUAAUAAGUAUUACUUUGAGAGUUGUAUUCGUAAUAUAAGUGGCCUAAUUCUUCUAAUUGGGACAACCCCAAGGUUUG